GCUGUUUGUCGUAAACGGAGCGACGUGUUACCGACCUGUCCUUUCCCGGGAGUUAGCGAGCUCUCAAUCCCUGCACUGCGCUAGUUCUAAAGAGGAAAUGUCUCUACGCUGCGGGGAUGCAGCCCGCACCCUGGGGCCCCGGGUAUUUGGGAGAUAUUUAUGCAGCCCAGUCAGACCAUUAAGUUCCUUGCCAGAUGAAAAAAAGGAACUCUUACAGAAUGGACCAGACCUUCAAGAUUUUGUAUCUGGUGAUCUUGCAGACAGGAGCACCUGGGUUGAAUAUAAAGGAAACCUAAAACGCCAGAAAGGAGAAAGGUAUGUGAGGAAGCUCGAUGUCCCAAUAUUGGAGAGUGUUGGGGAGGUGGAGAAUAUGCCACCGCUACGGCCACGAUCAUGGAAUCCAAAAAUCCUUGUGGAAUGUCUUACUCCUGAUUUUCGAGGUGAUCUCAAAGCAAUAGAAAAAGUUGCUCUGUCAGGAUUAGACGUGUAUGCACAUAAUGUAGAAACAGUCCCGGAAUUACAGAGUAAGGUUCGUGAUCCUCGGGCCAAUUUUGAUCAGUCCCUACGUGUACUGAAACAUGCCAAGAAGGUUCAGCCUGAUGUUAUUUCUAAAACAUCUAUAAUGUUGGGUUUAGGCGAGAAUGAUGAGCAAGUAUAUGCAACAAUGAAAGCACUUCGUGAGGCAGAUGUAGACUGCUUGACUUUAGGACAAUAUAUGCAGCCAACAAGGCGUCAUCUUAAGGUUGAAGAAUAUAUCACUCCUGAAAAAUUCAAAUACUGGGAGAAAGUAGGAAAUGAACUUGGAUUUCAUUAUACUGCAAGUGGCCCUUUGGUGCGUUCUUCAUAUAAAGCAGGUGAAUUUUUCCUGAAAAAUCUAGUGGCUAAAAGAAAAACAAAAGCCCUCUAAAACUUCAAGACCUUCAAGAUCACAGAAAUUUUUAAAAUUUGAUUCCAGUUAAUAACAGAGGUGGUGCCAGAAUGCCUGGACUACAGUGGAUGUACCCCACCUCUUUGCUUAAAACAAAAAAAUGUCAAUAGCCAGGCAUAGUGGCUCACGCCUGUAAUCCCAGCACUUUAGGAGGCCGAGGCGGGUGGAUCACCUGAGGUCAGGAGUUCGAGACCAGCCUGGCCUGCAUGGUGAAACCCUAUCUCUACUAAAAAUACAAAAAUUAGCCGGGCGUGGUGGCAGGUGCCUGUAAUCCCAGCUACUCGGUAGACUGAGGCAGAAGAAUCACUUGAACCUGGGAGGGGGAGGGAGGUUGCAGUGAGCUGAGAUCGCACCAUUGCCUUCCAGCCUGGGUGACGAGCAAAACUCCAUCUCAAAUAAAUAAAUAAAAAAGAAAAAAGUCAAUAAACUACAGAUUUAAUUACAGUAAUUCAUUUGGCUUUUUGUAUAUCUUCUUUGUCCCAAUAAACAGUUGCUUGCUGUGAUGUAAUCUUAAAA